GUAGUCUAAUAUGUCUAAGUUUGGUCAAUAAUUAAUUUGUUAGUGUAGAGUUGCAAGCGCACAGUUGCCAUGGCCGCGUUUCAAACCUACAAUGACUGCUUCCAUACGAAUAAGAAACAGGCAUCCGACUGUCUGUAAAAUGUAAAAUAGCGAGUUUGAGUUCAGCACCAUGGACAAGAAUUCUGUUUCCUAAAGAAGAUAUGAAGUAAGUUUUUUACGGGGAGGAGAGUGAAGAGGGACAUGGAAAAAAGAAAACAAUCUGAUCGUCUUAUAGGAACAAGGUAUUUAUAUAGGCUAGAUUUAUUAUAAAACAAGCUGGCAAGUCACAAUUUGAUGAGCACGAUGCUAGCACCCUCUUGGGCUUUGAACCAACAUCCCUUCGGUUUCCAUCCCAGCUAUUUAACAACUAAAUUGCGACAACCAGGCACCCAGCGUGAUGUUUAAGAAAAUCAACGCCGUUUUUCGGCCGAACCAUCCUGCGCCUCGCUCUCGGGACAGGUUCAGGUCCACUGAGGACUAUCACAGCGCGUGCACCGUGAAGUUGGUCCGGAGCACGUCGAUGCUCGUGGUCGGGGAGAGCAGUCGCGCGCUGCGGGACUCGACGCUGAAGCGGAGCGUGAGCGCCGUGAGUGUGGAGUCCAGCACCGCCCUCUACUAUUACCAGAGCCGAGAGGACCGAGUGUGGCUCUACUCCCAGAACCAGGACUGUCUAGAAUACUUACAGGAGCUGGUGGCGCUCAGGCGUCAGUACACCAAGAGCAUUAAUGACCUCAAGGACGGGGAGCGUAAAGAAACCGCGUCCCGCAAGAAGAAUGCAGCGCCGCGGCCACCGCAGAGCAGCGCACCACAGACUUCACGGCCUGUACCUUCUGCUCCACCAAUGCCAAAUGAAGAAGACACGCUCCAGUUCUUUGAUGAAGUGAUCGCAAGCUGUGACCCGGAGCCCAGCAGAAAACCACAUGUGGACAACGGCCAUGCAGACGUCGACUUUAUAGGUGAUAGUAGAGCUUAUUACAUUCUCACUAUGAUUGCAUUCAAAUCCUAUACUCUGGCAACCAGUACCAGUGACCAUGAUCUUCACUCCAACUGGGUGCUUCGGGACCCUCGUCGAAUCUCCAUGUUGGAGUCGCAGCCCAAGAAAAUAAAUAUCAGUCACGGGAAGGCAGCCCAGCGGAAAGGGGACAUGGGAAGCACAGGCAGCAGGAGAUGCCUGCAACGAAACCCUAUUCACCUGCCCAAAGUGGUGGAAAGUGCCUUUCAGACGCUACGCUUUAAACCCAAGCUCAAGAAGAAAGACUAG